GGGUUUAUGAGCUGUACUGCUGUGUCCAGACACUGGGGGCGAUAGAAACCAUUGGCUUCACUCUUCAGGAGUACUGCGGCACACUUUAAUGUGUGUAGCGCUUUCCAAAAGAGAAGUGGUGGCUUUUGUUACUGGAUCGUGCUGGUCAGGGAAAGCUGACCAAUCAGAGACGCUGCUCCUGGUGAUGUUGAGCAACAUCACAUCACCUCACCGCAUCACGCUGGGAGACGCUUUCUGGAUCAUUCCAGCUCUGCAGUUCACCGAGGAGCCUCUCCUGUGUUUACCUGCUUGUGUGCCUCCUGAGAAGAUACCCUCAUAUAAAGGGAAAAUGUUUUGGAGUAAUACCGUCUCUACAAAUCUGGGAAGGUGUUCAGAAGUGGUUGCUGCAAAAGCCUCCGGGAUAUGGUCUUUUAUCACCACAGACAAGAAUGAACAACUGAUAAGAUCUACUCAGACGCUCCAUCACUAUGUGAACAGAUACUUCACAAUCACCAACACACUGCUGAACAUAAUCAAUACUCACUUUGGAGAAAGCUACUCCAGUGUCUCUGCAGAUGAAAGCAAAAGUAUUAAAGACAACUGUACCAUAGUAAGAGAUGCUAUGAGCAUGAUUCUUGAAGUUUCUAAAAGAAAGGAAAAGCAAAUCCUUAAGAUCAUUGAUCCUGGUGUUUAUGAUAAGAUUGCCUUCGCUGGGGUGUCACUGAAAGACAAGGCUGCAGUGAUAAGAGACUUCCAUGCAGACAAACUGGGAGUCUUUGGAAAUAUCUUUCUUCCACUCGUCGCUAUUCAGCUGGCAAAAAGUGACUUAGAGAAUGUAAUGCCUCCAACCGAGGAGCACGAUCUGCCUAUUCUGUCCUUAAAACUGGGAGAUCUAGUGAAGAGCAGCAAAAGCAUCACUAAGCUUCUGUGUGAACAAGAGAGCCGGCAAACAAACCUCAGUGAAGCCACACAGUUAGUGGAGGACGCCAUCUCUGUUCUGAAGCCACCCUGCGAUGCCUACAAUCACAUUGCUGGAGAAGUCGAAGCCUAUGUCAAAAUCAUAUCUGAAAAUAUCUAGAGCAGAAUCUUUUCUCAGAGAGGAUAGUAUUUAUCAGGGUUUGUGAAUUGCACGGUGUUCCUCAUCAUUAAUAUUUUAUGCCUUCUAUGCAUCCAAAAAAUGUGAGGCUACUUUAUUAUAGAGCGCAGAUCUAUCAGGAUUCAAAUGUUAUCUCGCGCUUGUUUAGUAGAAGCACAUGGACUGAAUUGUGUGCUGUGCAAAUUAUUAUUGAUUUGUGUGCUGUGCAAAUUAAAUAAAGAGAAAGCUUUUCAGGGUAUUUGAUUGCUGUUAUAACUCUAAAAUUACAGCUCACUUUGUUCACCAUUCAGUAAUCACAGGGGGUCCGUCGCUCCUGCACUAACUCACCACUAACAUCAUGCGUUUAACAUUACCAAUAAAACCUGU